CUGGCGCAAACGAUGUUUGGGCAGUACCGGCUUCCGUCGGCGAGUUGAUACGGUGUGACGCAGCGGCCUUAACGGGUAGAUCAUUUCAACUUUCAAGAUGGCGACAUCGGAACCGAAAGAACCCCAAACUGAAGAGCCGCAACCUGCAACCGACAGCCAAGUCGCAAACCAGGAACAGUACAUCAAACACCCCUUGCAAAACAAAUGGGCCCUGUGGUAUUUCAAAAAUGACAAAAGCAAAAGCUGGACGGAGAACUUGCGUCUCAUUUCCAAGUUUGACACAGUGGAAGACUUCUGGGCAUUGUACAACCACAUACAGCAACCCAGCAAGCUUGUCUUUGGCUGUGAUUAUGCCCUCUUCAAGGAUGGCAUCAAGCCCAUGUGGGAGGACGACCGCAACAAACUGGGAGGGCGGUGGCUCAUGACCCUCAAUAAAGUCCAGCGGCACAACGACCUCGAUCGCUACUGGUUGGAGACGCUCCUCUGUUUGGUGGGCGAGUCGUUCGACGAGGCGAGCGAUGACGUGUGCGGAGCCGUGGUCAACGUCAGGCACAAAGCGGACAAAAUAGCAAUCUGGACCAGCAACUGCCAAAACAGGGACGCCAUCAUGACGAUAGGGCAAACUUACAAGGAACUUCUGAGCAUCCCCAGCAAAGCCAUGCUGGGCUACCAGUCACACGACGACACGUCCAGCAAGAGCGGCUCCACCACCAAGAACAUGUACUCUGUUUGAAAGGUCCUCACUGUCGCCACAACAACUGGCUGCGUUUAGAUUUUAACGCUUGCUAGCGCAAAUCAUCAUCAUUAACGUUAUGAGUUGGAGUCAACUACUAUAGUGUUGUUCCCGUUCACAGAGAAAACAAACGCACCACUGCUUCAUUUCAGCGUGUUCUGGUUUAGAGCCAGGCAAAAAUAAUGUACAUUUUUGUUACGGGGGGGGGUGCACUUGGAAUAGUUUGAAGGGAAGUUAUAACUUCAUUUCUUCUCUCAAGCGUUACACAAGUAGCUAACACACUAUCUUGAAGAAUCUACAAUAUGGUCAAAGUUUAUUAAAAAAAAAGAAAAGAAAU